GUGAGCGUGCAUUUCUCCACAAACAAAAGGGCCGACGUUGCUCGCCAAUAAAGGCUAAUCGCAGAGACAGGGAGAGAGAGAGAGUAUAUAAUAGUGAAAGCGCCAUGAACUCUUGCAGGUGAAAUUGAGGGGGCAGAUUCACUUUGGAAGAAAAGGUCCCCAUUUUUUUUUAAUCCCUUUCUUGGUUUGGUUUUAGGCCUUUCUUUUUAUCAUUCCUUGUGAGUCGACGGGCAGCAAAACUCUUGAGAUCUUCACCGCCGGUUGAAGUUGUCCGGCUUCAAAUCACGGCAACCGGCAAGAGAGGUACCUCAUCGAUGCGACCUGAAUAUACAUUCUUGAUGUUCCUUCUAGUUGGUGACGUUUUACCAUCUGCCCUCCGAUGACGAAGCUCUUAUAAGCUGAAAGGAGAGUGAAGAUCGGAAGUUGAAUAUGGUUAUGAGCGCCGAACCUGCAAGCUUCGUGCAGACAGCGGCAUCUUCUCAUCUUCUGCAACAAAUCAAUCGACUUCAACCAGGAGAAAGAAGCACAACCAACCACCAAAGGUGAUCAGAAGACUAUGAACAAGAAGAAGCUAGACAUUGUGAACGAUGGGUCCAAAAGCGAGCUGACAGCGAGCAGAGGCAGAUCACAAUUUCCAGUGGAUGAUGAAAGAUAUGAUCAGGCCAUCCACUGUUCAUGCAAGUCUUUCCAGUCUUGCUCUGCUAAUUUGCUUGCGGAUUGCGUCGCCUUAUGCUGCUGUCCAUGCGCGAUUUUGAACAUGUUGGUCCUGACUUUUGUUAGGCUUCCAUGGAAUGUGGGCAAGAGAUCCAUGAAAUAUUUGAAGAGGAAAGCUCUUGUUGCCAGAAGGAGGAGGAAGAAGAAUGGGAAUCGGCAAGAGAAAGAGAAUGUAUUACUAACCGUCGCAAGUGAACCAGCGCUCUUGGCCGCACCACCAGUGCUCAUGACGAGUCUGUUUGGUGAGGAUGGGGACGGGUUUUCUGCUUUUCUUGAGGCAGAAAAGAUGUGGGCAGAGUUGCACCAAGUGGGUUACUUGGGAUUUGGAAGAGUUUCCUUUCAAGGAUUUAUAUAAACAAAGAAACAUCUU